CACACGGUUGUCCUUUAAAGAAAUAAUGCAGAAAUAUAAAAUUUGUUAUAAAUAUUUCCACUGCAUUUUCAUCCUCCACAUAGCUUCAUAAUCUUUCUCAUGAAACCUUCAACACUUCCCAAUUGUGCCUUACCUUUACUUUCCUCUUGCUUGUGAAUCAAUGCAAGAAGCAAUUCUCUUCAACGUUGCAGGGGAAAUCAUUUCUAAGCUGGCUUCUCCAGCCCCUCUGGAGACUAAGCUGUGGUGGGGUGUCAACGAGGAGCUUGAGAAACUCAGGAAGACAGUUCCAACCAUCCAAGCUGUGCUUCUUGAUGCAGAGGAGCAGUAUUCGCAGAGUCAUCAAGUCAAAGAUUGGUUGAAUCGCUGAAGGAAUAAUUUUACGAUGCCGAUGACUUUUUAGAUGAGUUCUCCACCGAUGUUUUACUGAAGCAGAUGAUGACCAGCAACAAAAUGGUGAAGGAGGUACGCUUGUUCUUUUCAAGCACAAACCAAUUUGCUUACGGUCUUAAAAUGACUCAUAAGAUUAAAAAACUUAGAAGUAAAUUAGAUGGGAUUGCUGAAAAAAAGAAGUUUCACUUAGAUGAGCGCCCUCAGAAGAUACUACCAAUGGUUGAGCGAAGAGGGCAAACUCACUCAUCUUUAACUCAAGUAGUUGUUGGCAGAGAAAAGGAUAAGAAGGAAAUUGUUGAUUUUCUUCUGUCUUCUAGUUGUGGGGAGAAUGUGUCAAUCAUUUCCAUUGUGGGUAUUGGAGGCUUAGGAAAGACAACACUUGCUCAACUUGCAUAUUAUGAUGAGACGGUGAAAUCAAAUUUUGAGCUAAAAAUGUGGGUGUGCAUUUCUGAUAAUUUUGAAGUUAAAAUAAUUGUUGAAAAGAUUUUGGAAUCUCCCAUUGGUGAAAAACCUAAAAAUCUUGAAAUGAAUACCUUGAAAGAUCUUCUUCAUGAAAAAAUUAGUGGAAAAAAAUAUGUACUUGUUUUGGAUGAUGUAUUGGAUGAGGAUUCUGAAAAAUGGUUUUACUUGAAGGAUUUGUUAGUUGGGGGUAGAAGUGGAAGCAAAUUAAUAGUGACUACACGUCUUAAAAAUGUUGCACAAAUGAUAGGAUCAACAAAAACACAUGACUUACAAGGCCUACUUGUUGAUGAUUCGUGGUCUUUAUUUGCAAAUAUGGCCUUUAAACAAGGGGAAGUCAUUAGCCCAGACCAUGAGAGAAUUGGAAAAGAAAUUGUGACAAAAUGUGUUGGAGUCCCUUUAGCUGUAAGAGUAAUAGGUCAUUUAUUGUAUUCUAAAAAUACAGUAGAUAACUGGAAAUUUUAA